AUUGAUAAUUGUAUUAAGAAUUCAAGUAAAAAUAACAAGAAACAAUUAAAUUUUAAUAUACAAUGAAUGUUAGGAGGAAGGAGAGGGGAAUUUAAGACAGUAAAAAAAAGAAAGAGAAUAAACAAAAAUACAUAACAUCAUUUAGGAGAAAAUGAAGAUGUAACGCCAAAAGAGACACAUUAUGUAAACAUUUUAUAAAAAUUUAGUUAUGAGUAAUAAAAGAUAUUUUAACAAAAUAACACAAUGAUGUUAAAUCAUCACUUCAAUUAGUUUAGAGGAUAUUUGGUAUUUUUAAUGACUUUAGCAACAAGAGCCCAAGCAUUUUAAAGAAACUCUUCAGUUUUAGCUAUUUCUUCACCUAACUUUCUUAAUUCUUCUCUCUUCUUUUGUUCUUCAUAAUUCUUCUUUCGGAACAUUUAUUUCCAAGAACAAGGUUUCUUUGUAAUUGAUUUAGAUGCAGAUGCAAGGCUCUUCUCUUCACUCAUUAUUAUUAUUUUUUUAACUAAUUUAGACUGUAAGUUAGUUAGCUUUUUAAAACGGAUAUAGUAAAAACGAUUUCUAAUAUAAAAAUAGUUCUUUUAUAUUAAGAUAAGAUAAUAAAUAGAUUUAAGGAGAAGAAGACAAUAAUUUAUAGAAUAAAGUCAGAUCCAUAAUUAACUAGAAAUAUUGA